AUGGCAGACCCGGCACACGACGACAUUCAUGAAAUCAACUCUGUAUAUAUGCCCAAUACGUUUGAGCAUGACGAUAAAACGGCCGUUCAGACGCUCCAGGAGGGGUAUGAGGCCGAAGCGCAGGCUGCUACGAACCUGUUGCCUCUCAAAAAAGUUGUUUCUGUAUUCUGUGGUUUGUCUCUAUGCCUUCUUGUCUCUACCUUAGACUCGACUAUGGUCGCAACGGCACUGCCAACGAUUUCUAACGCCUUCAACGCCGGCUCUAUCGUCUCUUGGGUCCCCUCGGGAUAUUUGCUCACAUCGACUGCAUUUCAGCCACUGUAUGGUCGCUUCAGCGACAUAUUUGGUCGCAAAGCUAGUCUUUGUCUGUCCAUGUCUAUAUUCAUGAUUGGCAGCAUUCUCGCUGGGUUCUCGCGUUCGAUCAUUCAGCUCAUAGUAUUUCGUGGAAUCGCUGGUGCUGGCGGCGGUGCGAUUGUCAGUAUCGGGCAAAUCAUCAUAUCGGACAUUGUGAGUCUCCGCGACAGGGGGAAAUACCAGGGCAUCAUCGGUGUCGUUGUAGCUUUCGGAUUCGCGAUCGGUCCGCUCAUCGGCGGUGUACUUUCUGAGAAAGCUAGCUGGCGGUGGUGCUUUUGGGUUACGCCGCCUAUUUCUUUCACGGCGCUGUGUGCCGUGCUUGUGGUCCUCCCGGUCAAGCCUGUCGAAGGCAACUUCCGAACGAAACUCCUCGCUGUUGAUUACUUCGGCGCCGUAUUAACCUUGGCUGGGUGCACGCUGGUUCUACUUCCGCUAAUUUGGGGUGGUGUGACGUUUCCAUGGACUUCCGCUGUGGUGCUGGCCCCGCUAUUCUCUGGCUUCCUUGUGGUCUCGCUUUUCUGCUUCUGGGAGUGGAAGGGUGCGCGGCUUCCCAUCGUGCCUAUGUACAUCUUCAAGCAUGUGACGGUGACCGGUGUAUAUGUCACCAUGUUCAUCAAUGGCAUGAUAUUCUACUCUGCGCUGUUCUACCUUCCGCAAUUCUUCCAGGUUGCCUUGGCGUAUUCCCCCAUUCGGUCCGGUGUUUUCCUGUUCCCCGUUCUCGUUAGCCAGACAACGGCUAGUUUCGUCGCGGGACAACUCGUAAGCCGGACCGGAAAGUACAGGACCAUCAUUCACACAGGGUUCUCGGUAUGGGCAAUCGGAUGCGGAUGUCUGUCGACUGUGACCAGCAACACGCCUAAGGGCCUUUUGGUCUUCUUCAUGCUUCUCUCGGGGCUCGGCGCAGGACAGACAUUACAGACGACGACGGUUGCCGCUCAGGCUAGCGUUUCUAGGAGGGACAUGUCCGUAGUAACUGCGGUGCGAAACUUCGUUCGUUUGCUUGGUGGCACCUUGUCUCUUGCCCUAGGAGCGACUAUCAUCAACAACUCACUGCGUUCGUCCAUGUCGUCCCUCGGGCUACCCUCUGCGACCAUCAAGAAGAUCGUCGACGACCCCACCCUACUAGGUGUGAGGUUCUCCUCGCCGUCCGACAGCUCUCUGGCCGCCCUUGGCAUUACGCCUGCUAUGGCGGCUGAUAUCCUCGAUGGGUAUACGCGUGGCUUUCGCACUGUGUUCAUCCUGAAUGCAUGUCUCGCAGCUGUAGCGACGCUCGCGAGUAUUCUGAUGAUCCGGCACAAGGAGCUCUCGCGGGGUGAUGAGGACAAAUUGCGAGCCGUCGCGCAAGCGGAACUCACAAGUGAGAAGGGGAACGAUGCAUUUCUAGAUUCGCGGACGAUGAACCAGAAGGCCAUGCUAGAAGCCAAAGGCUGA